AUGGGGGAAGCGAAUUCCAAGGCGGCAUUCGAAAUAUGUGUGGUAACGGUGGACUUCCUAGGCAGCAGCCUUGGCCCAGGCAUCAAUAUGGUCAUGUUCGAUAACAAAAACAAUCAAUCUCCGGUUAUUGCGUUGGAUCAUAUUUUUCAAAAUGAGCUGGAUUAUCAUCAAGCCAAGUUUACGAUUGACCUCCAGCCUUGGAGCAAACCAAAGACCUUUGGAAAGCUGCAUCACAUCGAAUUCUGGCGCACUGAUGGUGGCAGUAGUGGUAGCGGCUCGGUUGAAGUGGCGGCUUGGUACCUUGAUCGUGUGAUCAUCCGUGAUCGUCGAUUCGGGUUGACUGGUGAGUGGGACUACUUUUUCUUCCCCCUACACGACUGGGUGGUGCCGGCAGCGCAGUACGUCCUACAAGACUGUGAGACAUUUUUGCCGCAACAGGAUCCCUAUCCUGAUUUGCGGCAUGUACAGUUGGCUCGAAGGCAACAACUACUUUGCUUCAUGCAGAGGGCGAGUGGACUUCCCGUUGAGUGGAACAUCGAAGACGUCGUCUUGGAGCUGAUCGAUCGAGUGGGCCUUGCGGUUGAGUACAGCAGUGAAGAGUCUUGGGACUCCCUCGAUUCCAUCGGCAAUCUCUAUAAACGUCACAACAUCACUGAACCUUUGAGUCUGUCCUACUGGAUGAUGAAUGAUGUGGCGUUUGGCGCACAGCGCCUGAAAGGCUGCAAUCCCUUUGUUAUUCGAUUGUGUACAGAAUUUCCGCAGAGCAUGAUCUCUCUAAAGGACUGGAUUGUACCGCAUUUGGAGGGUUGGACACUUCAGCAAACACUUGUGGCUCGAAGGAUUUUCUAUGUUGACUACUCCAUCAUGCGCGGUCUUCACUGUCGGCAAGGCAGAAUGAUGUCGGCUCCCUUGGGACUUUUCUUUUAUACCGAGAAACGUCAACUUCAACCCUUGGCAAUUCACCUAGAUCCCCUUUCCGGAAAUGAUCAGUUGCUCUUUCGCUGCACCGAUUCUACUGAGGAGUGGCUCCAAGCUAAGCUAUGGUUCAACCUUGCUGAUUCCUGUCACCACAUGGUCGUCGGUCGCCUCCUUACUCACCUUAUUCUCGAGGGUGUCUACGUCUCCCUACGCCGAAAUCUUGCCCAAUCACAUCCGAUAUAUCAGCUUUUGGCUCCACACUUUCGAAGCUUCCUCGCGGUGAAUCAGAAGUUGAAGGAAUGGAUAUUGGAUAGGGGCUGGAUAGCACGGAACAUCCAACUUACACGAAAAGGCAUUAAACAGUUGCUUCGAAGGAGUUUCAAACAAUGGCGAUUUGAUGUUCAAGCAAACGUCUAUGCUGAAUUGGAGUCCCGGGGGGUGUAUGAUAGAAAGGCUCUGGGAAAUUAUCCAUAUCGCGAAGACGCAUUUGUUGUGCAUGCAGUGAUGGAGAAAUAUGUGAUGCGGUUUCUACGAGUGUUCUACGGUAAGCAGACGUUAUUUCUAUUCACUUGCCUCACAGCUCAAGGGUCUGUCUCCCUCUUGGAAGACGUUGAAUUGCAAACAUGGCGGAAUGAGAUGGCAGAUCCCAUGGAAGAUGCUGGUCUUGGACUGGAAGUUGUCUAUCCCAUUGGCAAUAUAGCUGGUGUCUCGUCCCACUCCAAUGCCAGUUCUUUGAGUGCUGCUUCCAGUGUUAGCAGUGGUGAAUGCGUUUUUGGAUUGAUAACUCUGGAAGAAACCAAAUCUCUCCUUAUGGGCAUUCUUCAUCUCCUCGUCAUUGUCUCAGGCUCGGUUCUACGUCUCCCAAUGUUUGAUGAGUACGGAUUUGUGGCGCACUACCCUCUCAGCCUAUUCGGCAGUUUCCCACUUCGAGAAGAUGAGGAGGAGGUGAAAAGAAGCACCUCAGACAGUUGGAGUGGCCUACGCUCUCUCUCCGCCUACGACAAGACUGUCGCCGCGUUGCCAAAUCGGCGAAUGACUGUAGAAAUGGUCCUCUAUACGCGAGUCGCCAGUCGAAUUCGCCUCUCCAACUUGGGCCACUAUGACACCAACUACAUUGUGGAUAAACGAGCUCUGGCUGUGCUGGAAGAAUUUCAGUCUGACCUUAAGGCAGCGAGUGAACAGAUUGGUGCAAAUAACCGGUUGCGUGAUUUGCAUCACAAGUACUUGGCUCUGGAUCCUGCCGUUAUGCCAAACUACCCGGGCAUUUGA